ACUGAUGAUCAGAAACGAUGGCUUGUGGUAGGAAUUGCACUCAACAAGAUCCUUGUGCCACAGAUAUGUCCAUUUGUGGAGCAGGAGGUUGAAAAGGAGUACAACAAGCUUAAGAGCCGUCACACCAUUCAUAUACAGACCAAAUCUCGUUAUCUCAAAGCAUGGCCAACUACUUCUAAAGAUUUGCUUAAGUAUGAAAACAUCAAUAGCAAUGAUGGGCGUACUAAGAAGACGAAAAAGGGGAAAGAUGUCUAUGACCGCAACUCCUUUAUCUAUCAAGUCAAAUCUCAUGUUGACUUUGCGAGGCUGUUUGUGCAAAACUACAUGGCUAAGUUUACUGCAUUUGACCACUGUGAUGCUUCUGCUGUAAUACAGUUGCUUCUUCGCAUUCCAGCAUUUUCUCCAGCUGUGCAAACUGCAGCAGAUAAUGUCCGAAAUACAAGGAAUUAUUGGGCCCACUGUGUUUUCAACGAGUGGGAUCAGCACAAUUUUUCAAGGAGCUUUUCUGACAUGGAACAACUGGUAAAGAGCUUGGCACUUCCAGUGGCUGGGAAAAUACUUGGAGAACUUAAAGACUGGGAAACUAAAGGAACAGCUCUUUGCCAGAAUUCUCCUGUAGAUCCAGUACUGUUACAACUGGUCCAGCAGGAGCUUAACUUUCUUCAAGUUUCUGUGGACAACAUGUGCGUGGAAAAUGAGGAAGACAAGACUAAGGUCGCGAACGCGCUACGAACUGUUGAAGAAAGUCUGGAAGAGAUGAAAAAAAGAGUGGAGAACUUGGAGUUCCGGGUAGAAGUUGUUGAGCGUAGACUGGAUGAUUUCGAAGGACCCGUGCGCAAGAAAAUUAAGAGGCUUGAGAGCAACCAGCAGAACACGAAGAGUCGCGUGGGACUUGUUGAAGAUGGCAUGAAUGUUGUUGAGGAAAAAGUGAAUGUCGUGGAAGGCACAAUGAAUGUUGUUAAGAACACUGUGCUUAACCUACAAGAACAAGUACAAGAACUGGUAAAGUCUAAAGGCUCAGAAGUCGCGAUGGCAUGCGCUGAAAGUCCCAAACCAGCCGAUUACCCACACAAUUUUGUAGAGCUGAUCAAAAGAGAUUACAAAGACGCCGUACUGUGUCCGUUCCCCUGGUGCGAGGAAGAGUUGCAAAUGGAACUUUCUGAGAUCUUUACUAGACUGAAGAUUGUUGGUAGGAAGAAGGAAAGAGCGAGGCUAACAAAGGGCAUUGUGAAAAUGACGGAUGUGUUCAGUCCACACAAACAAUGUGAAAAGCCAAGAGUGGUGCUGAUCGAGGGGCUACCUGGAAUGGGCAAAACCACUUACUGUCAGAAGCUUGGGUAUGAUUGGUCAGUGAAGGACAUUUCACUCGAAGCUUGUUUUCCUAAAGUGGACAUGCUUCUUCGACUGACUUGUCGGGACAUGAAAACCACCAACAUCGAGGAUGUUAUUACUGAUCAGUUACUACCACUUGAUGCCGAUGAGAAGGAGAGAGAGAACGUCUUUCAUUUCAUUCGCUGCAAUCAAUCCAGAAUCUUGCUAGUUAUUGACGGCCUGGAUGAAUUGCCUCAAGAUCUUUUUGAGGGACUGUUGCCUUUAAUCAAAGGAAAAGUGUUUUCUAAUACGUACCUCCUUUUAACAGCUCGGCAUGAAGCUGGAAUGAAUGUUCGGCAGUACUGUGACACGCUUCUUGAGAUUGUUGGUUACACCAGCGAAGAUGCCGAUAGUUACAUCAAGAAGUAUUUUAGCAAUCACGACGAUCCAAGCCUUGCUAAGAAACUGAUAAGAGGUCUAAAUAGGAACCAAAAGCUGAGGGAAUUAUCUGCCAAUCCUCUUAAUACAGCACUGUUGUGUCUUGUUUGUGAAGAUUCGCGCGGAAUAUUCCCUCAUAACAGAACUCUGCUGUACCAUGAACUUGUCUCGUGUGUUCUUAGAAGGUAUUUUUCAAGCAAGAAAAUCGUUCUGGGCAACAAAAGUCCAAUCGAGGAAUGUUCAGAUCAGCUGAAUCAGUUGGGAAAAUUCGCCCUUAAUGCUCUGCUAAAAGAUCAGUUAGCGUUCACUCCAGAGGAGUUGAAAAGUCAGUCAACGGAAUUCCUCGGAUUCGGUUUUCUAUCUCGUGAAGCAAGUGCAAGUAAAAUGAAGCCUAAGGCAACGUAUGCGUUUACUCACAAGACCUUUCAGGAAUAUUUUGCUGCAUUCCACCUGGCUCAUGAAUUGGCAACUGGUGAAAGUGACGAAGUCGCCUUGCUUGCUCAGCUCAGUCCUGUUGAUAAUUACUGGCAGGUGUGGGAGUUUCUAAUCACAAUGGCUGCGACAAAAAAUGAUAAUUCAAGUGUUUUGGUGGUGUCGAGUCUCUGCGCUUCCUAUCAGCAAGAAAAACCCGAGACAUUCUUCCACAAUAGGUAUGUACAGCAGGAAGAAUAUAGCGAUGACGAUUCCUUUGAAAUCGAUGAAGACGAGAUGUGUGCGUGGAACGACUUGGAAGAGGACUAUAGCUCUGAGCAAGAAAGUGAGCAAGAUGACGACGAUGUUGAAAGCAGCAGUGUGGUUAGCGGCGAUGUUGAUGGCAACGUUAGAAGCGAUCACCAUUUUGACGAUAUCAUUGUUAGCGUUUGUGAAGAUGCUUCACAUCGUUGGGUUGAAAGUUCAGCAGCAAGACGGCUGUUCAGAGAUAAUUCUGAGUUAGACUUCCUUGAAGCUAUAAUUUAUACCAUUGCUCAGUGUGUAGAGCCUGAAAGUGAACUCAGUCCGAACCAGAUCAAAAUGGCGGCUACGCUUGCACGCUGCCUUCCUUUGGAGAAAAUGACAGUUCGUGACGAUGAUUGUUUGCUCACGCUCAACCAACAAUGUGUUCUCGUUUUGUCUGAAUAUCUGAAAGGCAACAGCCAGCUGAAAGACCUCGCUUGGUACGUGAGAUCUUGGUACGAGUCAAGUUCGGCAACAAUUGGAUAUUUGCUCCAAUCAAGUCAUGAGCUCAAACGCUUAUAUUUGUUCAACGAUUUAAGUAACUCUGUACUUACAUCUGCUCUUCAGACAAAUCGUACGGUAACUCAUCUAAAGCUGACAAGUUAUGGAACCUGCCUAACAGGAGCUAAAGCACUUUGCGGAGUUCUUCAAACAAAUCAAUCUUUGACGCAUUUGUGUUUGGCUCACAAUGAUCUAACAAAUAUUGAAGCAGAAGCGUUAGCACAAGGUCUCCUGUCAAACAGUGUGCUAGUUUAUUUAAAUUUACGUGCGAACAAUAUUGGUGAUCAAGGAAUCGUUGCACUUUCUAAAGCAUUGGAGUCUAAUCGAAUGCUGAGGUACCUUGACGUAAGUUUUCAACAUCAAUAUUCAUUCCUCUCUGAUCACGUGGAAUCUGAGCAUUUUGGUGAUGCAGGUACAAAGGCUUUGGCGCACGCUCUUCGAUCCAACAACUCGUUGACGUACUUAGAUCUUCAAGCGAAUCAGUUUACUGACUCAGCAGCGGCAGAACUUGGAGAAGCUCUUCAGUUGAACUCCUCUCUGACACAUUUGUACCUAGGAAGUGAUUAUAUCCCCAGCAGAGUUCUAUUCGGUAAUGCAGCAGCAACAGCUUUUUCGAAGGCCCUUCAGUCAAAUCUUAUUCAGUUGACUCGUUUAGAUUUACAUAGUACCUCUUUUAGUUCAUUGUGUGCAGUAACCCUGGCAGAGGCUCUCCAAACAAAUCGCACUCUUGAGCGUUUGGAUUUGAGUGACAACAAGAUUGAAUGUUCAGGUGCUAUAGCCCUAGCACACGCAUUGAAAUCAAAUCAAGCUCUGCAGUUCUUGCAGCUGAGAAAUAACAAAAUUGGUUAUUCGGGGGUAAAAGAGUUUUCUGAGGCGCUACAGUGCAACAAGACUUUGCUCUUCUUAGACUUGGUGGGUAAUCCAAUAACUGCAUCAGGUCAUGAAGUUCUCGAAGGGCUUCCGUCUGUUUCAGUUGGGUUAGUGAGGUGGACUAUACCAGAAUAA